CUAUCUGUUCCCGCGCCCGGCGCGCCGCACUCCUGACGCUCUCCUCAUGGGGCGCGCUAACCUUACACGAUAGUACCUACAUUAACAAAAAAAAGAAAGUAUUCUUUCUGUAUAAUUGGAUGUAUGUACAAAACCAAGUGAUUGGGACCAAGUGAUAGUGAGGAACUGACGGCAACAUAGACUUUCACCAUGGAGGACGCUCAUACGAAAUCCGUGGAAGAAGUCUUAUCAUAUUUUGGAACAGACCAAGAUAAAGGCCUUACCCCAGAUCAAAUCAAAAGGAACCAAGAGAAAUAUGGACCAAAUGAACUGCCCACAGAGGAAGGCAAAAGUAUAUGGCAGUUAGUCCUGGAACAGUUCGAUGAUCUUUUAGUCAAGAUUUUGUUGUUAGCCGCUAUUAUUUCUUUCGUAUUAGCUUUAUUUGAAGAACACGAAGAUGCUUUCUCAGCCUUCGUGGAGCCAUUCGUUAUUUUACUUAUUCUUAUUGCGAACGCUGUAGUAGGAGUAUGGCAGGAAAGAAAUGCCGAAUCCGCCAUCGAAGCUUUAAAAGAAUACGAGCCCGAGAUGGGUAAAGUAGUCAGAGGCGACAAAUCAGGCGUACAGAAGAUACGAGCGAAGGAGAUCGUUCCCGGCGACAUCGUAGAGGUGUCCGUCGGCGACAAGAUCCCCGCCGACAUCCGCCUGGUCAAGAUCUACUCCACCACCAUCCGUAUCGACCAGUCUAUCCUGACCGGCGAAUCCGUCUCGGUUAUCAAGCACACUGACGCCAUUCCCGACCCUCGCGCCGUCAACCAGGACAAGAAGAACAUCCUAUUCUCCGGCACCAACGUCGCCGCCGGCAAGGCCCGCGGUAUCGUCAUCGGCACCGGUCUCAACACUGCUAUCGGUAAAAUCAGAACUGAAAUGUCCGAGACCGAGGAGAUCAAGACCCCCCUGCAACAGAAACUCGACGAGUUCGGUGAACAGCUGUCCAAGGUCAUCUCCGUCAUCUGCGUCGCCGUCUGGGCCAUCAACAUCGGACACUUCAACGACCCCGCCCACGGAGGCAGCUGGAUCAAGGGCGCCGUCUACUACUUCAAGAUCGCCGUCGCUCUUGCCGUGGCCGCCAUCCCCGAGGGUCUGCCCGCCGUCAUCACCACCUGUCUCGCUCUGGGCACCAGGCGUAUGGCCAAGAAGAACGCCAUCGUCAGGUCACUGCCCUCCGUCGAGACCCUGGGUUGCACCUCCGUUAUCUGCUCUGACAAGACCGGUACUCUGACCACCAACCAGAUGUCCGUCUCCCGCAUGUUCAUCUUCGAGAAGAUCGAGGGUGGCGACAGCAGCUUCCUGGAAUUCGAAAUCACCGGCUCCACCUACGAACCCAUCGGCGACGUUUACCUGAAGGGCCAGAAGGUCAAGGCUUCCGAGUUUGACGCUCUUCACGAGUUGGGCACCAUCUGCGUCAUGUGCAACGACUCCGCCAUCGACUUCAACGAGUUCAAGCAGGCCUUCGAGAAGGUCGGUGAGGCCACCGAGACCGCCCUGAUUGUGCUCGCCGAGAAGAUGAACCCCUUCAACGUGCCCAAGACCGGCCUCGACCGCCGCUCGUCCGCCAUCGUCGUCCGCCAGGAGAUCGAGACCAAGUGGAAGAAGGAGUUCACUCUUGAGUUCUCCCGUGACAGGAAGUCUAUGUCCUCCUACUGCACCCCCCUGAAGCCCUCUCGUCUCGGAACCGGCCCCAAGCUCUUCGUUAAGGGCGCGCCUGAGGGCGUGCUGGAGCGCUGCACGCACGCUCGCGUCGGAACCGCUAAGGUGCCUCUCAACUCCACCCUGAAGAACCGCAUCCUGGACCUCACCCGCCAGUACGGUACCGGCCGCGACACCCUCCGCUGCCUGGCCCUCGCCACCUCGGACAACCCGAUGAAGCCCGACGAGAUGGACCUCGGCGACUCCACCAAGUUCUACACCUAUGAAGUCAACCUCACCUUCGUCGGCGUCGUGGGCAUGCUGGACCCUCCCCGUAAGGAGGUGUUCGACUCCAUCGUCCGCUGCCGCGCCGCCGGUAUCCGCGUCAUCGUCAUCACCGGCGACAACAAGGCUACCGCUGAGGCUAUCUGCAGACGUAUCGGCGUGUUCACCGAGGACGAGGACACGACCGGCAAGUCGUACUCGGGCCGCGAGUUCGACGACCUGCCCGUCUCCGAGCAGCGCGCCGCCUGCGCCCGCGCGCGCCUCUUCUCCCGCGUCGAGCCCGCACACAAGUCCAAGAUUGUUGAGUUCCUCCAGAGCAUGAACGAGAUCUCCGCUAUGACUGGUGAUGGUGUGAACGACGCCCCCGCCCUGAAGAAGGCCGAGAUCGGUAUCGCCAUGGGCUCCGGCACCGCCGUCGCCAAGUCCGCCGCCGAGAUGGUGCUGGCUGACGACAACUUCUCAUCCAUCGUCGCCGCUGUUGAGGAAGGCCGUGCCAUCUACAACAACAUGAAACAGUUCAUCCGCUACCUGAUCUCAUCCAACAUUGGUGAAGUGGUGUCCAUCUUCCUGACGGCCGCGCUGGGCCUGCCCGAGGCUCUGAUCCCCGUGCAGCUGCUGUGGGUCAACCUGGUCACUGACGGUCUGCCCGCCACGGCCCUCGGCUUCAACCCCCCUGACCUCGACAUCAUGGACAAGCCCCCCCGCAAGGCUGAUGAGGGUCUCAUCUCUGGCUGGCUGUUCUUCAGGUACAUGGCUAUCGGUGGGUACGUCGGUGCCGCGACCGUGGGCGCCGCGUCGUGGUGGUUCAUGUACUCGCCGUACGGCCCGCAGAUGACCUACUGGCAGCUCACCCACCACCUGCAGUGCCUCGGCGGCGGUGACGACUGGAAGGGCGUCGACUGCAAGAUCUUCACUGACCCUCACCCUAUGACCAUGGCGCUGUCCGUGCUGGUGACCAUCGAGAUGCUGAACGCCAUGAACUCGCUGUCGGAGAACCAGUCGCUGGUCACCAUGCCGCCCUGGUCCAACCUGUGGCUGGUCGGCUCCAUGGCUCUCUCCUUCACGCUCCACUUCGUCAUUCUCUACGUCGAGGUCCUCUCGGCCGUGUUCCAGGUGACGCCGCUGUCCAUCGACGAGUGGCUGACGGUGAUGAAGUUCUCGAUACCGGUGGUGCUGCUGGACGAGGUGCUCAAGUUCGUCGCGCGCAAGAUCUCCGACGGUGAGCGCAACUGGCUCGACGGCAUGCAGUGGAUUGUGCUCAUGUGGGCCGUCUUCUUCGGCCUCAUAAUCUACGGCCCUCUAUAGGCCGCGUGUGCCCCCCGUGAUCCGUGCCCCGUGCCCCCCGUGCACACGUAACCUCCCGAUCGACUGGAAACACGCGCCACCCACUUAUACCGCGCAUUUUUUCUAUCCGACCCUUUUGGGCCCCGGCUGACACUAGUCAAUCUGUGACCAGCUUACGCUGGGCAUAUUUCGAACUGUUUUUUUUUUUCUUAAAACUUAACAGCCACGAGUUGAUUUGUGGUUUUAGACUGCCCUCACUUAGUACUUAGUUAUUUGUAUAGAUUUUGAACAGUUUUGUAUUAUAAAAGUGGGUAGCGCGCGGAUUCCUACUGUGGAACCCUCGGACACUGAGCUCGGCUCACCACAGUACCUAACAGUUUGAAUGCUAAUCCCAGCACCGAGUGGAGUGACCAGUGCACGGUGUCGGAGACGGACGAGGCGGACAUUGUAGUGUCGGUGCCCGUGUAGUAUACACGUGCACGAGCCGUGUGUACACGUGCAGCCUGCCGGCGGGCGCCCGAGCGGAGCGUUAGCGUUAUGUGCGAGACAAUAACUAGUUUGGAGCUCAUAUACGAGGAACCAUUAUACUUUCCUCCCCGCGUGAAGUGGCUGUGAACACCUUCAUUGUAAUAACAACACCAAAUACCUAUUGGUUUACUGAUUUAAAAAUAUGAGUUAGUAUUUUAGCAUUUUAAUGUAUGAUUAUGAUCUUUGUGCUGUGUAAGGAAGCUCCUUUUUGAAAAUAUCUCAGCUCGCACGCGGCUCAGUACCUUGUCCCUGUGGACUGCUGACAUAAUUAUAUUCAACUUUACUAUAAUAUAGUAAUGUGCAUUGUUAGCCUAGUGUAAAUUAUUGUAAGUGUAGGGUUAGGGUCGUGGUAACACUACGUGCUCAGGGGAAGUAUAUUCGUGCAAGGAACUCUCUCUGUCCUGUCACCUUUUUGCUCGCUUGUUAACAUUUAUUAAUGCAUUUCUUUAUUCUUACUUCAGAUUGUAUUCCAGAACGCAUUUUGCCGCUGAUUUUGUAACCAUUAUAUUAACAUGAAUGUUUUGAUCUGUAUGUUUAACCAACCACUGACAUUUAUUUCAAAUGAUAAUUUGUGAUAACUUAUUUUCUUUUUUGAAAUACAAAUGACACGAGAGCAAUAUUUAACUUAAAUACCACGUUGUGAAUACUUACCUAGAUUUCUUCAGUGUUAAUGUAUUUCAAGUUCCAUAAAUAUGAUAGUUAUUACAAAUUAAUAUUGGACGAGUCUAAAAGCAAUAUAGUUGAUGUAUGUACGAACGUUUGAUGCUAAGGUUUUAUUUGGUACUUUAUACUUAACGUUUAUACAAUGAAUUAAUUUAAGUUUUCUAAUAACUAAUUUGAUUUUUAGCGAGACAUAAUACUAUUUUAAGUUUCAAAUCCAUCCCAGAAAAUCAAAAUUUGUUAUGGUACAAGGUCCGUACGUACAUAAGUAUACAUUAUAUACUAGUGUAUUUAAUCCCGCAUGUGUACAUUGCAUGGUAUCUAUACGAAUUAAACGAGUGCAGUUUGGUGUGAAGUUAACUAUGUUAUUUAUUACUGUUAUUGAAAUAUUUCAACACUAUUUAUGAGGUAAGAGACCGACAACCAAUAUUGAAUUUAAUGAACAUUCUGUCUGUACACUGCACAAUGACUGAAGGCAUGCCCCGUGUGCCCCAAUCUCCUCCAACUUUACAGUUACACAAAUUAAUUACUUAUUUAAAAUGUACAGUCGUUUAUACAUAUUUUACAUUGAUUAAAAAUUGUCGAGAAUUAAA